GGAGGGGUCGGAACACGGCUUGCAUCCCUUCCUAAAGCCCGGACAGCUCCGGGCAUCUCCGUAGAUGGGCAGCUUGAUCUCCACAGCUUCGUGGGUCCUGAACAGGUUUCGGCGACUCUCCAGCGCCUUGGGGCCUACUGGGCUAUGCGUCGGCCACCCUCUGCCAGGGAGAGGGAGGUGGCAGGCGACCUGGAGGGCCCCAGCGGACGGAAGGCGGAACUGGCCCAAGCUCAAGCUUUUGGAGGCGCAGAGUGGAAACCUGUUUGACCUCUUUAGCCUGAGUUUCUGUCCCUAGUGGGUGCGCUCUGGGCUCCCCAGCUGGGCGGUAGGCGUGUUCGACCUUCUGAGUUCGUCGAAAUUGAGCUCAAAGUUGCACCUGGCGACCAGUGGUGCUUGUGAAUGUAAGAUAGGGUGGUGAUCUCCUCCUGUCCGAGAGUUUAGGGGCCUUUGAGACUUUCGAGGCUUUCAGCAGAAUGAAAGGGGUACAGUAGGAGAUAAGGGUCCUUGUCUUCAGUCGGCCUGAUCAUCACUAGUAGCAACUCUAGGUCGCGGUCGCCAGGGGGCGGUGAUUAUGCUUGGAAACUUCAUGUGGCACCUCUUCCGGUCUGAUUGUGCCAGUUGAAGGCCAAAUGUCUUCCGGCUUUGCAGGCCUGAGUGCACCGCCUGAGAAGCUGUAACCCUGGACGCCUUUGGGACGUCAGGUGCUGGCAAUGGAUGAAGUGAAUCCCAGAUAGUUCACACACUCCAGGCAUUCUGACCAGGAGCCUGACUUUGUGAUGCUUUCUAGUUCAGAGUGUCUCGAUUUAACUAGAAGCUAAGAGUCCAUGGCCAAAUACCUCCGAAGCUUCCUGAGGAAACACCUUGAGAAGAUACAAACUGCCCUGGUGCCUCAGGCUCUGGCAGCAAUAGGGGAGGGAGUCACUGGUAGACUUAAUGUCUAUCGUGAGGUUUCGCCUAGCACCUGUCUCCGUAUCUGCCUGCCCUUGAGGCUUUUUCCUUGGAGUCCGCUUACCUUAGCCAGCACAGCCAUUGGCUUUCAUGUCGAUAUGCAACAUGGAGAUUGGUUUGGAAUUAUAGAGAGUUGAGAGAAGUUAAUGGUACUACCAGAGCCUUGGGUGCAGGUUGGCAAGUGAGGCCUCUAAUGUCUACCUUGUGAAAGUGGCCUUGAUGACUAUCUCUGAACCACCUCUUGCCUCUUGCAGGAAUUCCAUAGAAGCUUCAGUAUGGGUUACUUGAUUAUAGGUUUAACCAUAGCAGAGGGACCUUGAGACCUUUCUUAGUUUUUUGGUGGUCCAAGUGAUGAGCCUUCUUCUCUUCAGUCUCUGCUGUAGAUAUUUGAUUCUGGUUUCUGAGAUAUGGGGAAUGCAAAUUACAGGGCUUCCAAGAUAUUAUCUUACGUAGUGUUCUUAUCAAUGAGGCAGCUGCUUAGGUCCUCAGUAACCUCUAUUUCUUUGAUAAGGAUACAUACAGGUCUGCAGCAACUCCCUGGUGAGUGGUUUGAGCCACAGAUGACAGAGCUGUUAACUAGUGGAUAGCCAGGGGGAAAUGAAAACUGAGCAGCAGCUUCCAGCACCACCUACCUCAGAUAGCCCUGAGGCCUAAAAUGGAGCCCUGAAAGAAGAAAACUUCAAAGACAGAAGUUAAGGGGUGUAAUAGCCAGAUAGCCGGGUGUGCCCUAGGUAAAGAGGAAGUCCGGGUCAGGGUGUGGUACUUUGGAGCCAAGUCUAAUGAAUCAAUAGGUGAGACAGGUGCAUUAUGUUAGCAGUAACACAUCUGGAAUUAAGCCUUCCCUUUCUGAGACCAUCGCAAUGUUAGCUUCCUACAGACCUGUGUGGCAUUUUUACUACUCACUGAUCCUGACCUGCUGGGGUACCCAAGGAACCUGUCAAGAUUCUCUGUUGUGCUUAUCCAACCAAAUUUAGCAAACUGAUUCCCUAGGACUCAUUAACUCCUCACCCCUGCCCAGAACAAUAUUAGCCUCCCAGAGCAAUUCUGGAGCAUAUCCAGCCAACCAUCUAAGAGUAGAGUCAGAGGGACAGACAAACUAUAAACACAUACAUGCACAUGCAAACAUAGAUUGGCUCUUCCUGCUCCUGGUGUCUGGGGAUGUAGACAUACCCACAAGUUACCUAGGUAGUGAGAAGAGCUCCUAGGAGCUCCAAGGCAGCUCCCAGAGUGGCUCCUUUUCAGAUGCAUGAAGUCCACUUGAAAGCUUCCUUCUCUGAGCCUUGCCAGACUUAGUGCUGUAGGCCAGCCAGGUAGGAUGAGGUUGCAAUAAGGCUAACCCACCCCUUGAAGAGAACCCCAAAGCCAGCAAAAGCUCUCUGAUUAGAUCUUAAGUCAAUAAAGGGAUUUCAGCUGAUGCUGGGACCAAAUCUUCCCUUUCUAUGCUGUGGGCAGGGAGGUGGCUGUGUCCCCUGCUGACUGAUGAGGCCAAGGUGGCCAUUGGGCUUGCUGGAGCCUGUGUGAGGUGGGGUGGAACAGUUAUUCUUGGAUGUGCUAGGGUAGAAUUUCAGAUUUGUUUAUCCUUGUAGGAGGCACCUUGGGGCCAGGAGAGGGGCACCCAGCUCAGCACUGACAUUCAGAUCACCUGGCCUGGUGGGGCCUCAAAUUUCCUUGUCUUGCUGUGUAUGCAUUGGGAGGCAGAACUGUGUUUCUUUCAGAAAAUUUGGGUAGAGGUACUAGUGAUUCCUAGCAGGUCCAGGCCAAUGUGCAUAGCAGCUAACACUGAAGUACACUUCACAGCAACUGGCCUGGGGAUUGUGAAGGCCAGAGUCAGUACUAUUAAUAUCUGGGCAUGAGCCCUGACUGGGUGAUCCUCUUAUGUGUGUGGCCUUAACCUCUGAGACUAGCAUUGAGUGUGUUCCCUUAGUGCAGUAGGGUUUCUGGGGCCUCCUAGCUGCUGUGUCCCCACUCCCUGUAUAUAGCAACCUACUUCUACAAGGUAGGGGUCCAACCCCACUUAGCUCUUUGGCUGUGCUACUUAUAGGAGUGAUUCCGCCUAUGGAAGACCAGUUCAGGUGGCUAGAACUCCCAAGUUGUCUUUGGUGACAACUGUAAUUCUAAGAGGUAGUGAUCCUCUAACUGCUAGAACCUGUACCACACAUACCUGGGUCAUCCCACUGUCCAAGGACAUCCACCUCUGAGCCCUCUGUGCUUACCUGCAUCCUUGGCUAUGAGCAGCCCCCCAGCUUACCCUGGCAUCAGGAUCUCAGGGUGCUGGGCUCUUGGAACAGAAAGCAGCAGCAAUGCUGGGUCUUUGGACAGACUUCUCCCACCAGUGGGUACUGGGCGCUCACCCCGGAAGCGCACCACCAGCCAGUGCAAGUCAGAGCCACCCCUGCUUCGCACAAGCAAACGCACCAUCUACACAGCUGGGAGGCCACCAUGGUACAAUGAACAUGGUACACAGUCCAAGGAGGCCUUUGCCAUUGGCUUAGGAGGUGGCAGUGCAUCUGGGAAGACCACUGUGGCCAGAAUGAUCAUUGAGGCGCUAGAUGUACCCUGGGUGGUCCUGCUGUCCAUGGACUCCUUCUAUAAGGUUCUGACACAGCAGCAGCAGGAACAGGCUGCCUGCAACAAUUUCAACUUUGACCACCCUGAUGCCUUUGACUUCGAUCUCAUCAUUUCCACCCUUAAGAAACUAAAGCAGGGCAGGAGCGUCCAAGUACCCAUCUAUGAUUUCACCACUCAUAGCCGGAAAAAGGACUGGAAAACACUGUAUGGUGCAAAUGUCAUCAUCUUUGAGGGUAUCAUGGCCUUUGCUGAUAAGACACUGCUGGAGCUCCUGGACAUGAAGAUCUUUGUGGACACAGAUUCUGAUAUCCGACUGGUACGGCGGCUGCGCAGGGACAUCAGUGAGCGAGGCCGGGACAUUGAGGGUGUCAUUAAGCAGUACAACAAGUUUGUCAAACCUGCUUUUGAUCAGUAUAUCCAGCCUACCAUGCGCCUGGCAGAUAUUGUGGUACCCAGAGGGAGCGGGAACACAGUAGCCAUUGACCUGAUUGUGCAGCAUGUUCACAGCCAGCUGGAAGAGAGGAAGCUGCGUUGGGAUAUGGCCGCGUUGGCCUCUGCUCACCAGUGCCAUCCCCUUCCUCAGACACUGAGUGUCCUCAAGAGUACACCACAGGUACGAGGCAUGCACACCAUCAUCAGGGACAAGGAGACUAGCCGGGAUGAAUUCAUUUUCUACUCCAAAAGACUGAUGCGGCUGCUUAUUGAACAUGCACUGUCCUUCCUACCCUUUCAGGCACCCCAACUCACCAUACAGGACUGCACUGUACAGACUCCACAGGGGCAGGACUACAUGGGAAAGUGCUACGCUGGAAAACAGAUCACUGGUGUAUCAAUUCUGCGUGCAGGAGAAACCAUGGAGCCUGCACUGCGUGCCGUGUGCAAGGAUGUGCGCAUUGGCACUAUCCUCAUCCAGACCAACCAGCUCACAGGGGAGCCUGAGCUCCAUUACCUGAGACUUCCCAAGGAUAUUAGUGAUGACCAUGUGAUCCUGAUGGACUGCACAGUAUCCACGGGUGCUGCAGCCAUGAUGGCUGUACGUGUACUCCUGGACCAUGAUGUGCCUGAGGACAAGAUCUUUUUGCUCUCCCUGCUCAUGGCAGAGAUGGGUGUGCAUUCUGUGGCCUAUGCAUUCCCACAUGUGAGAAUCAUCACCACAGCUGUAGACAAGCGUGUCAAUGACCUUUUCCGUAUCAUCCCAGGCAUUGGGAACUUUGGUGAUCGCUACUUUGGGACAGAUGCAGUCCCUGAUGGCAGUGAUGAGGAGGAGGCAGCCUCCAUGGGGAAUGAAGAGUUGUGGAUACCAUCAAAACUGAUAAAGGUGGUUGAAAGGGUGGAAGAAAAAAAAAGAAUCAAGGGUGGAAGACAGAAGAACCCACAAAGUAGCAAGACAAGCUACAGAGACCAGACUCAAGUCCCUGGAUCAAAUACCUGAGCUGUCCAUCUGUGAGGGACUCUCCUGAGUCUGUGCUGGGAAUAGCCUCAACAGGCCCUUCCCAGUUGUGUAGACCUUCCUUCCCAGUUCAGUGGUCUGGGGGUGAGCAUAGUGCCUAGAAAUGAUCUUCCCACUCACAAUCCUAAAAGUUCCUCAUUCAAGUUUAGCCUUACAUAUUUUAAACUCCUAAAAAAACAAUAAACAUGGAUUCUACCUAAGAAAAUGUGUAAGACUAAAUCAUGAAAAACAUCUGGCAGCAGGGUUGUUAGUGACCAGAACAGGGAGAAGGCAAGGGAGGUAACUACUUGACAGAGCACUUGGGUGCCAAUAGUCAAAGGAAGGUCUUCAGAACUCACACCUUGUAAUCCCACACCAAGGGCAACUUUGUAUCAGAAACAUGUAAAAUUCUGGGUAGUCAAUUUAAUUUGUUUUUUGAGACAGAUCUUUCUUUGUAUAUUCUUGGCUGUCCAGAAAUUCAUUCUGUACUCCAGGCUGGCCUCGAACUCCUCUGCACCCCAAGUGCUGGGAUAAAGGGGUACACCACCACCAUUGCCCAGAAUGUUUGUUCAUUUUGAUACAGGGUCCUCACUGCAUAAGACCAGCCUGGCUCAACUUCACAAAAACCUGAUUGCCUCCACUUCCUAACUAAGAUUAAGGAUAUGCACAAACAUACCUCUGGCUUAAGGGCCAGCUGUUACUAAAUCAUAUUAUGUUAUAUGAGCAGAAGAGGAAAUGAAUGAGCCUGGCCUAAGUAUAUCCAUCCAGGCAGAUUUAUGAAACAUCAAAGCUGAGUGAAAAAGACUGCAAGUGAUUUAGUACAGCAUAGCAAUAUCAACGAAAAUGUAACC